AAGGUAAACAAGUUCCCACCUAGAUUGUUCUUUUUGCAAAUUGUGUUGUGUGAUUUUAUCUGUCUUUUGAGAAUAUGUCUGGCUGCAACUGUGGAAGUAGCUGCAACUGUGGCGAUAGCUGCAAAUGCAACAAGAGAUCAGGAUUGAGCUAUGUCGAAGCCGGCGAAACCACAGAGACGGUGGUUUUGGGCGUUGGUCCGACAAAGAUCCAUUUCGAGGGAGCUGAAAUGAGUGUUGCAGCUGAAGAUGGUGGCUGCAAGUGUGGAUCAAGCUGCACAUGUGACCCUUGCAACUGCAAGUGAGGUGCUUAUAACAAAUGAAAGCUUGAAGCAGAUAUGUGUAAUUGUGUGUAUGGUAUGGUACACAUAUAAUGUAUAAUAAGAAUGUGUGUUUGCUUUGUUAAAAUGUUAAAGUGGUCACGGAUCUCACCUUUAGCAAAUUGAAAUGUUAUAAUUAGAUUUUGUCGAAGGUGAUAUCAGAGAAUUGUUGUCUUUCAUGUGUAAGCAAAUAUAGCUAAUAUGAAUCAUAAUUCUCUGCUUCUUCAAUGAAAUAAAUCUUUGCUUAUCAUAG